AUGCCUCGGACCCGGAAAUCCGCCACUCGGCCUAGCCAAUCUCUCCAGUCGACUCUCUCCUUCAACAACAAGUCCGCGCGGGUGACGAAGCCGAGCGCCAAUGCGCAGAGAGACGAGCACAGCGCUUCGGCGAAGAAGCUGGUAGAGGUCGCGGACAGAGACAGGUUGCAGACUGAGCCGGAGGUGGUGGAGGUUAAGAAUGAAUUGACCUUAGAGGAGACGGAGGAGGGCUCGCAAGAUAUCAAGGCGGAGGUAGCGGUACCAAGUCAAAGUGUAGAGCCGGAAGAGGCAGAACAGGAAGAGGAGGUAGAAGAGGAGAUCGAGGUGGAGGUCAAGACGAGGUCCAGAAGGAAGCAAAAGGCCCAAGCUGCCGGGGACAAGGACCAGCGUGAACUCGCAGCCGAGAAAGUCACGGAUUCGCAACUGAAGAAAUACUGGCAGGCCGAGGAGGACAGUCGGCUUGCUCCUAGAGUCCCGAAUCCCCUUUCAUCCUUCUAUUCCCUUGAAAAACAUCUUCCCAGUCCGUCAACCUUGCCUGCAAAUUCCCCUGCCAUGCCCAUACUAACCCAUACCCCCACAACAGUGCACCAAUCCGACCUGUCCCUCCACGAAAAGAUCCUGCGCCACUUCGACCUCUCGUCCCAAUACGGUCCGUGCAUCGGCAUCCCGCGUCUCCAGCGCUGGCGGCGCGCAAACACACUCGGUCUCGAGCCGCCCGUCGAAGUCCUCGCGGUCCUGCUGAGAGAACAAGACGGCGCCAAAACCCAAGGGUGCGGCAAGAUGGCCUACAUUGACGAGUUGAGCGGUGGUCGGGUCGUUUUGGUCGAGUAA